AGAGAGGGACCCGGCCGCGGCCCCGUCCCGGUGCCUCUCAGACCGGGCUCGGUAAGGGCUCGGCACCGGUCCGGCCCCGCUGCCCCUCAGACAGGGCUCGGUAAGGGCCCAGCACCGGUCCCGUCCCAGUGCCUCUCAGACAGGGCUCGAAGGGAAGUACACACUGAGACAAUUCAGUAGUUAUGAUAAAAGGCAAGAAGAAAGAUGUCAAGAAGAAAGAUGCUAAGAAAGAUGGUAAGAAGGCAGCUGUUGAGAAGUCAGACGAGUCUCUAGGUACCCCAACUGACAGCAGCUUAACAACGCUGGGAGAUUUGCGGAGUGACUCAUUGGGCGAAGAAACUCCAGCAAUUCCAGAGGCACCAGAUGAAGAGCCAGAGGCAGAGGAACCACCAGUCCCACCUGUUACUCCCUUCCACGAAGAGCUUGUUCUUGCUCAAGUGAUUAUUGAAAGCUAUCAAGGUGAACAAGUUGAUGAAUUCUAUGAGGGUGAAGGAUUUAUAUGUUUUGAGGGAGGAAAUACAUACAAGGGUCUAUUUUCUGAAGGGCGUAUGAAUGGAGAAGGGACUUACACAUGGGCUGAUGGAGUAAAGUAUGAGGGAACAUUUGUUAAGAAUGUGCCAACGCAUUGUGGCCGUUAUACCUGGAGUGAUGGCAGUGUUUAUGAAGGAUCAAUCCAAGAUGGACUUAGGCAUGGAUAUGGAAUUUUCAGGAGUGGUACUCAUCCAAUUUUUUACACUGGUUUUUGGUGCAAUGGCAAAAGACAUGGAAAGGGUACAAUUUAUUAUGAUCAGGAACAGACCUCCUGGUAUGCAGGUGAUUGGGUAAACAAUGUCAGAGAAGGAUGGGGAUUCAGACGCUACAGAUCUGGAAAUACGUAUUUUGGUCAAUGGAAGAAGAAUCUACGACAUGGACAUGGAAAAAUGAUAUGGCAGGCAGAUAAGCAAGAGUAUGAAGGAGAGUGGGAGUGUGGCCUGCAGCAUGGUUCUGGCAUGCACACAUGGUUUUUUAAGACAACAGACACAUCGUUUAAGUCUCCUCUAUGGAAUGAAUAUUCGGGGAAUUUUGUGAAAGGGGAGCGCCAUGGACAUGGGACAUUUCUUUAUUCUGAUGGAACAAUGUACACUGGAGAAUGGGCACAUAAUAAGAAGCAUGGCAAGAAAGGACCGCAAUCGUUAAUGCCUUGGGAAAGACUUCUGUUCUGGGAUCAGAUAUUGAUUUGGGUGUAUCAUCACUGCUUGCCUUGUUCCCAGAUGAAGACAGAGGGAACGAAUCACAAAAACGCUUGCAGCAUGACUAUGCUGCAGUUUUGGAGGUUUCUGAAGGACUGCAAUUUUCAUCUCUGCUCCGUAACUCUCGCUGAAAUAGAUCGACUGUUGAGAGGUGAUCAAUCACCUAAGGACAUACAUGAUCCAAGUGAUAUAUUACUGUUCAGAACAUUUGUAUGCUACCUUGUUCACCUGGCAUUUCAUAUCUAUCAUGAAAAGUGCAAAGAUGAAGCUCCUCAUCUGCAGAAGUGUUUCUUAGAAAUGAUGUCCAGGAAUGUUCUGCCCUCUGCCUGUUGUGUCCAAGGUCUCUUAUAUUCUGGUGGAGAAUUCUCAUCUUUUGCCAUGAACUAUCUUGAGAAAUGCUGGGAAAUAUAUGAAGAUUUCUGUAGACCAUGUCCCAGACCUCCAUUUGACUCCACAGUGAAGCUGAGGCAAUUCCUCUGGAUGUUGGAUGAUUUUAAACUUCUCAGUGAACGAUUAACUGCUCCAAGAGUUCUGGAAAUAUUUGUCAAAGUUGGUGCCUCUGUACCUGAUAUCGAUGGUAUCAACCUGGAGCUGGAGAUGGUUUUUCUGGAAUUUUUUGAAGCUCUUCUUGAAUGUGCAUUGGUGUAUGUUACUGAGGAUAUGAUCCUGAAGAAAGAAGCUCAAGAUAAUAAGAAAAGAAGUAGCUUUGAAAUCAAGGAGCUCUCUAAGGAAACCUCAGCUGUGUCUCCCACAGAACAUUCUCCACCCCAGCCACCGAGACCUGGUGAAGACACAGAGCCUGCUCCUCAACCAUCUCUACUGGAAACUCUUCUCUCAUUUCCCAUAACUCCUGGAGAAAGCAAAGAUGAUGUGUCAUUGCCAAACAAGGAUGUAAAAGAAGAACAAGAUUCCUGCCCAGAAAAGGAAUUGAUAGAUGAAGCAAAAGAAGAUAAAAAUGAACAAAAGGAGCUGUGUAGUUUCUGGAUGUGUCAGGUGGAAACCUUUUUCACAACUAAGUUGUUCCCUGCUUUUGAGCAUGAAAUAGUGCUGAGAGAUAAAAUAAAAGAAAUAAAACCCCAGCAUGCUGAAUUAGCUGAGCUGAGAAAGAUCCAGGCUGAGGAGCUGGGAAGACUUAUUGCUGAAAAAGAAGAAGAAGAAGAGGCAAGAAAGCAAGAAGCAGUUGCAUUACAGGAGAGUGUCAGGCUCAGGGAACGAGCCUCAUCAUCUUGGGAGACACUCCUCUCCUGGAGAAAUCUCCAGCUGAAAAAGGCCUCCAAGAGAGAACCCUCACCGACAAAAAGAGGCUCACGAGGCAGUGAGGCUAAGGCAGCACCCAGAGGUACCAAGGGAACUGCUGACAAAAAGAAAAAGAAAUAAAUCCUCUGCUGGGAACUACUGAAGCUUCAAGCAAGCACUCUUCAAAUAAGGAAAAAAAACCAAACAAACAAAACCAAACCAAAACAACCCCAGAAGACCCACAGUUGUAGGAAGCUGUAAGAAUGCCCCAACUGUAUGCACAAGACUUGCUGGUUUCAGAGGGAGCAGCCUUUUACACCAGUUUUGGGUAAACUAGCAGGAAGUUACACAAUGCAAAUGAACAUAGAUGCUUCUAAAGUGUAACAAUUAUUAGUUUUAUUUUUCAGCAAAAUAUUCACAUAACAUAUCAGAAUGGAAUGGUACAGAUGAGUUCAGACUGGUUUUUAAUUAGUUUGCACAUAAACAUUUUUAAAAUUUAAAAAUUUUAUGGUCAGAGUUUACAGAUUUUAGUAGAAAUUUUGAUUCUUACAAAGCAAGUAUUGCUUUACUAUUGUCAUUAUUCCAGUCAAUAAUAUGACUAAUAACUUCUCAUGUUGAACAAGUGCCUGACAUUGACAUCUUCAAUAAAUCAGCCCUUUGCAGAUCAAUCCAAGAAGAAAAUAUUAUUAAACUGUGUUGCACAAAGUUUCUUCACUUCUUCUGUUAAAAAAAAACAACAAAAAAACCCCAUCAGUAUUGUAUUUUACAGAAACCUCCUCAAGAAAAACCCUGGGGAUUGUCAUGGAGAAUAUAAUAAAACUCAAACAGAAAAAGCCCUAAGAGUUUCUAAUGUAGAAAUACACUUAAUAUUACUCUCUCUUCAGUAGGAGAAAGUCAAGUCUGAUGUCUCCCACUGUCUGAAAGUGGUUUAAGUGUAAAUGAUGGGUCUCUCAUCAAACACUGCAACAAAAGCAGAUGUGGCUUAACAUAUAGUUAAGGGAAGUAUAUGAUAACCCCUUUUUCAGAGAAAGGAGGAAUUAGGAUAUUCUGUUACAGUAAAUCAAGUCUGCAAAACUUUUGCUUUGUGUUGUUUGGUAGACUGAUAAACUUCCUAGGUUCAUCAGGCACAGAAACACUCACUCUCUGUUUCUCUAUGGUAGGUUUGAUGCUGAAAGACAGUUACAGAGAGAUUGCCAAGUUACACAACUCAUUCCUCUUUUUAAAAUGCUGCCAGGCUUUGGUCCUGGCAAGGUAUGAAUUCUUUCCCAUUGUCUAAGGGAAAGAUGUGCUAACAGGAGCACAUUGCCUCCUGUUAGAAUGGAGAGCCCUAGCAUUGCUGCAAGAUUCAAACAGAUUUUUAGAGAAAUAGCAAUGUAAAAGCUUAUUGCAUCUUAAUGUUAAUUCUCACUCUUAGUCCUAGUAAAUCAUUCUCAAAACCACGUUAGAAACAAGACAGCGAUGGAUGAGGAUCACUGACAGGACAACCACAAUGUGUAAGUAACUAACCCUGCAUUACUGACAAAUAGAUGUAAAUAUAUUCAUCUCUCAGCUGUAAUACACUUUUUAAAU